AUGAACCGAAUGAAAGCUCAUCAGAUUCUGUGGAGGCGGGCAGGUGGAGAUGGAAAAAAUGAUACAAGUAAUCAGCUGAUUCAAAUAUUCUCAAAUUCUCAGAGCUUGAAGGCGGUUAGCCAACAACCAUAUCUGACCAGCAACGAGCUCGUUCAGUUGCCCGUCAUAUAUAAUCCUGAUUACAAAGGACGUAAAAGCCAUAUCGUAACGGCUGUCGACUCAUCUACUCGCAAUCUAAUCCAUUCAUGGUUGAUCCACGCCAAGUCUCAGCCUCCGAAUAUCACAAAACGAUUUGAUGUGAAAAUAGAUCUCAACGAGAGAAAACUAACUUCUAAGAAAUUACCUGUUUACAAUCCCUAUAGCAUUCCCAGAACUUUCAAAGUGUCUACUUCGCGACCUGAUUUGACUACUCCUGAUAAGGAAAUCAUUCAGAUCCCACCGAACCAAUCAUAUCCUCUUUCUAUUCAUUUCCACAAUAUCUUUAAUCAUCCAGUUGUUCUUGAGAUUCUCAUAUUCAUACAGAACGCUGAUACUGGUCAGCAGGAAGAGACGUUCGCUGUCAACGUCAGUUAUGACAUCUUCUAA